GAUCCUUCAUGCUUGCUCAUGGGGGAGAAGGCUGCGCCUGGGAGAGAGCAAGAUCUCAAGGGAGGGAGGGAGGGAACUUGUGCACUGUGGUCUGUGUCGGAUAAGCUUUUCUCUGUGUCCGAGAUUGAUGCUUCAUGAUCCCCUUUAGUUCCUAACAUGUCGGCGUAUUUCAUGGCUAAGAUCACACAGUCCAUGUGUGAGUCCGAGCCCUCUUGCAAAGCAAAUCUGCGCCGAGCAAAAGGCUUCGAGGUAUCCAUCGGAUGGUUCUUGAAAAAUGCAGAUGGCUGGAUCGAGACUGCCUCUCUCUGCAAGGACAGCUUUGCUGCGCUAAGCUGCACUCACUCGCUUGACUCGUGGGAUCAAUGAUCUAUCACUUUCGAUGCUUUGAUAAACUGUGAACAAGAGUUGGCUUGCAAAGCAGAAGGUUUGGAAAGAACAAAUCAAAUUUGAAAAACUCCACAAGCUCAGCAGUUGGGCAGUUUUCUGGGUCAAAUCCGAGAUGUGAUAUACAGGCAAGGAUUGAGAUGAAGAGGAUGGAAGUGAAUUCUUAAG